AAAGCUGAAUCCAGACCACCAUCCGGCUGACUGUGUUGACCCCCGGGAUGAAAUCGGCUUUCCACUCCUCCAUGGCCAGCAGCUGGCCCGUCACCAGCCUUGGCCAGUUUUCCGAGUGUGGCGUCCUGAUCCUCCCGGCUCUUGAACUGAUUGGUGAUCAGCUCUGCCGCCAUGGGGAAGACCUCCACAUCGUAUUCUAGCUUCCCCUUGGCCCGCAACUCCCGGGCCACCCAGUCCACCGGCACUCUCUAUCCCAAGUUUCGGAUCGCCAGUGUCGUCAUCGUCCAUGUGUGUCGGUGAAGUGGCGCUGUAGUACCUCGAGCUCCUUCUCUGAGAUGCGAUGGCUGGUCCUAACCAGCAGCUAGGGAGGAGCCUGAGCCACAUUCGACCAUAGGGGGGUGGUCUUGGCCACCCUCGACACCAAUCUUGCUUCGUUACCCGCCGGCCUCUUGCCCGUCCGUACAUCUCGACCCUUGUCGGCCUCCAUCCCUUUGGCUCUCUCUUCCAUCCUGCUCACCAUUGCCGACGGCCAUAAGAUGCUUGACGAAAUGCUUCGCUCGACGCAGCAACGGGCAAUUCACACAAGGCGUCGUCUCAGCAAUGCUGAAGCCCGGAAAUCAUCAAGCUCCAGGAACUUCAAUGUUCUGCAUUAUGGUGCCCGAGCCAAUGGAAUUACUGAUGACAGCAAGGUCUAAAUCCUCCUGUGUACUUCUCUCUCUCUCUCUCUCUCUCGCUGAAAAAAAGAAAAUUGCUAGAAUCAUGGAUAUUUAACUGUAAUGGGUUUGUUAAUAAUAUUGUUUAUGUUUGGUUUUUCGAAUUAUUUUGGUUGCAUGACUUUGUCUCAUCUGCUUUUCUCUCGUAUUUUUCUCAUGAUAUGUGCCUGGUAGAUCUUUUGUUCUUUGUUUUAAAUACAAUUACUGUUUCUGAGUUAUAAUUCGAUCAUGACCAAUGUUUUUCUUUUUUUAACUCUCUCUUUCUUUUCUUCUCCCUUCGACUCUUUUCUCGUUAUUUUCUUAAUAAAAUUGAAAUAAUCCAUCUUUUAAGUGUUUCUUUUGCUUGAUUGUUUUUGGAAGUAUUUUGUUCUGCAUGCGAGGAGGCCUAUUUUAAUUGAAGCUAAAACUUCCUACCAUGGUCCAUCAUGGCGAGAAGAUAAUGGUGCUAUACACAAUUGACGAGUAAAUGAUCUCCGCCAUCCAUCGAAUGGACUUCAGAAACUGAUCAUCAGCUAGAAAUCUACCUUGCAAAUCUUACAGUGGUUGUCGUUUUUUUUUUUGUUUAAAGUCAUAACUGCCUUUUUAAUAAACUAUAAUGGUUCAAAACUUUUUGUUUUAGAGAUAAUGUACUGCACUUAAUUCUAAAGUGAGAAAGAUUGCAUCAAAGGUAGUCUUAUAACAUCAAAAGCAUGGCAGCAAUGUUUAAAAGCAGGAUUUGUUCUUGCUGUGCUGAUUGUCUCCUUGUUGGUGAUGGGCAUUCAUGGCAGCAUGGAAGGCAGCAUGCGCAGCGGUUGGUGCAGUCAAGCUUCAGAUACCUGCAGGAACUUAUCUUAUUGGCCCUACUAAGUUUGCUGGUCCUUGCAAAAAUGUUCGCUCCCUUACAGUGAAUAUGAAGGGACACUUGAAGGCGACAACAGAUUUGAGCAAGUAUGUCACAGGUGAUGAUUGGGUGGAAUUUGCAUGGGUGGAUAUGCUGACAUUGACUGGAGGAGGGACCUUCGAUGGCCAAGGAGCUGCAUCAUGGCCCUAUAACAAGUGCCCUACAAAUAAAAAUUGCAAGCUCCUCCCAACUUCAGUCAAGUUCAUCGCCACAUCGAACACUGUGGUAGAGAACAUCAAAUCCUUGAAUAGCAAGUUCUUCCACAUAGCUCUGGUUGGCUGCAAGAACUUCUGGGGCAAAAAUAUCAAGAUCACUGCCCCUUCAAACAGCCCCAACACUGACGGAAUUCACAUUGAACGGAGCACAGGCGUAACUAUAUACCGCUCGGUGAUCGGAACUGGCGAUGAUUGUAUCUCCAUCGGACAAGGGAACUCACAAGUAUUACUGAGUGGCAUCAGUUGUGGACCAGGUCAUGGGAUCAGCAUUGGGAGUUUAGGAAAAUAUCAGAAUGAAGAGGAUGUCCGAGGACUCGUCAUCAAAGAUAGCACCCUUGCUGGGACUUCAAACGGCGUAAGGAUCAAGACAUGGGAGAAUUCCCCAGGAACUAGUAGGGCUGUUAAUAUGACCUUUGAGAACAUCGUCAUGAAGAGUGUUGCAAAUCCCAUCGUCAUCGACCAGACGUACUGUCCCUACAGCUCUUGUGCAUCAAAGGCACCGUCCCGGGUGAUACUGAAAGACAUCUUCUUCCGGAACAUAAGGGGGACGUCGACGACUCCGGUGGCGGUGAUGCUCAGGUGCAGCAGAGGAGUGCCAUGCAAGAACGUCAACCUCCACAACGUUCACCUCAAGUACGUUGGCCAGGCUCCGGUCGCUGCAUUGUGCAUGAACGUCAGAGCGACCUACAGCGGGACCCAAAUCCCCCCACCAUGCAAGUAGCUAACCAUUCUUCCUGGCCUACAUCUAUAAGGCUGGGUUACGUUCUUUCUUACAUCCUUUCUUGCGCAUUCUUUUUGGCGUGCCUUUCCGGGGAGAGAGGUCUUUCUGGAGGGUGACUCUACGAUGGUCAUUGGGUGGAUUCAGCAAAUUUUCGGAGGGGUUGGUGAUUACCAUCCGCUGUUGAGAGAUAUCCGGACCAUGAUUUGUGGUGGGAUGGUGUUCCAAGCGAAGCACGUAUUUAGGGAGACCAAUGGGGCCGCAGGUUGUGUGGCCUCUUUUGUUGCUAACCACUCAGAGAACCACCUCUGGGUAGGAGAGGCGGAGUUGCCUUGUGCACUCCGUGAUGUACUGCUUUUUUAUUUUUUUGAUUGUAUCCAUAUACGUUAUGUAUGGUACUCUUGUUUUUAGCGUGCCAAAAAAAAAAAACACCAAACAAUCUUACCAUCCAGCA